UGCAAUGUCCAUAACAUCUAUUAUACCACACCGGCGCUUGCAGUGUUCAUGAUUCACGAAUUACACAAUUUUUUGAAUGAAACCUAAGUUUAAACUGCCUUACGUCUAUCAUUUAUAGGAAACGUGAUAAUUAGUUCGAAAGUUUUGAAGAUACACGAAAUACUUUCCGAGUUAUAUAUUAUAUAGUUUCGUGAAGGCGAAGUGUUUGCGCAACGAUGUUGGACUGCCUUAUAAGAGAGCGCAGCUUUAGCUGCGGAUUCAGUUCGAUCCAACCAACGAUGUCGGAGGUUGCUAACGAAUUCAAAGUGGACGAAACCUGCUUGUUCGAUAUGGACGCCUGCUAUGAAACUUUUGACAAGGAUGGGGAUGGUCUAUUAAACCUUGACGAGUUCCGGUUGAUCUGCAAGGCGUUAUUCCGUAAUGAUAAGGGUCACAUUUACCCAAUAUCGGAGGAGAAGGCUCGUCACGUCUUCCAGGUGUUCGACAAAAAUGAUGACGGCUUUAUUGACAAAGAGGAAUUCACCUUCUGCUGGAACCAUUGGAUCAAAGUGAUAGUGCGUCCAGUGAGCGCCUUCCUGAUAGUAGACGUGCAGAACGACUUCAUCUCUGGCACUCUCAAUAUCAGCAAGUGCAACGCACAGCAAGACGGCAGCGAGGUGGUAGAUCCGAUCAACAGGUUGCUGGAGACGGUGCCGUUCGACUGCGUGUUCUACUCUCUGGACUGGCAUCCACCGGAUCACGUCUCUUUCAUCGACAACGUGCACAUGCGAGAGCUACAUCCUUCUAGUCCGGUUUCAGCUGAUAAAGCGCAGGCCUACGAUACCGUGGUUUUCGCUGGCCCUCCUCCCAUGAAGCAGAGGCUCUGGCCGCGACAUUGCGUGCAAGAUACCUGGGGAGCUGAACUGCAUAAAGAACUUAAGGUGGUGGAGAAGGCGGUCAAGGUGUAUAAGGGCACCAAUCCUGAGGUGGACUCGUAUUCCGUGUUCUGGGACAACAAGAAGCUGACGGACACCAGCCUCAGCACGCAGCUUCGUUCACGAGGAGCGACCGACAUCUAUAUAUGUGGACUGGCCUAUGACGUAUGUGUGGGAGCAACAAUAGCGGACGCUCUCGCUAUAGGCUACCGCUCGGUGUUGGUGGACGACGCCAGCCGGGGAGUCGACCUCCAGGAUAUCGAGAACACCAAGCGAGCCAUCCUCGAUAACAACGGGGUCAUCGUGGACUCGCAUCAGGUGUUAGCCAUGGUGGAAGGUCGUGAUCGUCGACCGGAACUCGGCUACAAGCUCGCCAUGGAGCUGAAGGACGCUUUGGAAGAUCAGUAAA